UCCUUUGAAUGGCUGCCCACAUUGCUACACAGCAGCUUAUUUAUAUAAACUAUAUUAGUGUUUCUGAAGAAAUAUAGCAGUUAUAUCAGUGCAGGGCAACACUGCAUUAUUUUUAACCAAUGUAGCCAAAUACUUUGUUCAACUAGUUGCUAAAACCUCAGUCUAUUCUGUGGUGGCUUGUUGUGUGCUAUAGCUGCGCAAAAGGUUGGGGGGGAUAUGGCAUCAAAAAACAGGCUGCUAGGACUGAAAUUUUUAGGAUUUUUUGGAAUCUAUUUUUGGUUCAGACUUCGGUCAAAUAAUAACAGGGGAGCAGAAAAGGCAUGUUCCUCCCUUCUAGAAAGAGAAGAGUAAUCAAUACUCUGUUAGGUUAUGGUUUGGUAUGUAAUAGAAAUGUUCCCUCUUUUUGCACAUCUGGAUAUAGAAGGCAAGCUUUGACUAGGGAACCAAAAAGAACAGAGUUGGAAGCAACACAGGCAGCCAAAGAAAUCAAAUAUCCGAAAUACAAAUUCAGCUUCACUUGCCCUCCAUAAUUGGUAAAUACGUGUCUUAGACAGCUGGGUUUAACAAAUAAUCCAAGCGAAAAACAAGAUUGUUUAACCCUUCUGACAUGCAAAAUUAGAACACACAACUAGCCACCAGAUUGUAUCAUAAGGCUGGUAUCAUCAUACCAGCACAAUCUACCAGCUUGGCUAGUGCCAUUUAGCAAUAGUUAACCAAGUCUAUAAACUGUGACGAGCUCCACCACCUUUCUAAACCCACUCUAUCAGAGCUUAGAGUACCUCAUUUUGAAUUUGACAACAUCAGAACAGAUCUUUAGAGUAGCCACUUGGGCCUCACCAAACAUGUUUAUUAAGUUAUACAGUACAGGUGAUGUGUAUUACACCAGCUAUUUUGCCAGAAUGUUCUUUGGAUUGCUGUGCUUUAUGAACACUAUUAAUCUUUCCCUUGCUAUUACUAUUUCUCUUGUUCCUCCUACUAUUCCAUCCUCCACCUCACAGAGCUUCACAACUGAACUGGGGAUUAGAGGAUGAGAUGUCUUAUAUAGCCAGAAGUAGGGACCAAGAGUCCAUUUCUUUCACCCCUGCCUCCAGAAGUAAACCUACACAAAAACCCUGUCUGAAGCUCUUUACAAAAAAAUCUCUGAUUCCCUGACAUUGCAAAUUUAAAUCGGCACACCUAAAACUCCUGUAUGAAUUUAAGUAUAAUUUUUGAAGGAGACUUGAGGAAGCUGGAUGUGGAGCCGAGUCUUCAUAUUAAUGAAUGCAUGUGGACCCUGCUUACAAAAGCUUACAAUGUACUGAUUUAAUUGUUCACUAUUGUGAAUAGUAACAGUCAAAAUAAAUGAUAGGGUUAAAAAAACACCAGAUUCACAGGCUGCUACACCAAGAAUUGUUACUGCAAAAUAGUCUCUGAAAACAAAUAUUAAACACUUUAUUUUUAAUAUUGCUGCUUGUAAGUAACGGAAAUAAAGGAAUUUUGUUAGGUAUACAAAUGAAAGCAAUAUUAUAUAGUAUGUUACACAAGUAUUCAUAUAAUUUACAGGAGACUUUGCAGAAGUCCAUAAUUUUUUUUACAGGCUUGGUUAGCAGUUGCUGACUGAAAUAUUAACUUGUAUUUUUAGUGCUACAUUAAAGCAUUUUUCUCACUGCUAUCCCCCUUGCAAUCUUAUACUGUAGGCGAAGCUCAUCUGUAUUUAGUGUUCCUGGGGUUGUAAAUGACAUACUACCUCUUGGUAUAUCAAAUUUGGGCUGUGUGCCUGGGACAGAUGUCCUGGUUUUUCCUACUCCCAUAGCAACGCCUUGAUUUGAAACAUGAACAGAGGCACAAGGCCAAUCCCUGUUGAGUUAUUAGAGAAGGCAAGGUUGAUCUCUGCGGAAAACUGACCUGCAUAAGUGCUUCAUACCCUCAGAUGAAUGUGUUAAAGAGACUUUUGUAAUGCAAGUGGAAACAUGACAUUCCAGCCAAUCAGGAGGCAAAUCACUAUCCCUACAGCUCAUGUCAUGCCUUCUACCCUUGGCCCUCCUUCAAGUAACACAAAUGAAUGCUUUGGAGCCCAUCCUAAAGACUCCGCAUUGCAUGCCUACUCAAGUGUAGCUCCUCCAGAACAUGCUACAGCAGAAGAUACUAGGAAAUUUGAAACACCCACUAUAGAACCAACACUCAACCAGUCUGGCAUACUGAAUACCUUUUGCACAGACCACCAUCCAGGUGCUUCCACAGGCAUAGUCAAUACAGAUACUGAACCAUAUGGUGCUCUCCCUGAAAUACGGGCAUCUGGAAAAGGGGAAUUUACAUGCAAGACAGAACAAUAUGCCCCAUAUCAAAACAGUCAUGGGUGGAAGCCUGAGCAGUACAGUCUACAACCAGGUGCUGAAAUAAGUGCUUGGAGACAGCAGCAAAAUGCUGAGAACAUGAGAUUGAGAAUGGAACAGCUGCAGCUGAUGAGACCCUGUCCCCCAACAGCUGUUUAUGGUUCAGGGCUGCAAUCUGAUCCUGGCCAGUGGGAAAGAAUCCUUAAGACAAGAGAGGGUGUCCUGCAGGAAAAGGAAAUGCUGUUUGAGAGACAACGACAGCAUAUUUUACAGCUGGAGCAAAAGCUUAGAGGGAAUGAGGUGCAGGCACACAGCACUUUACUUAGCCAGACCAACCCAUAUAAUGACAUGUAUAUAAUAAAGAUGCAGGAACUGCAGAGGGAGGUUACUUUCCUGCGAGCACAGUUUGCAGAAAAGGUGGAAUCUUCUAGUAAAGAGAAAGCAGAGUUGGAAAAGAAGUUGAAUGCUGGUGAAGCAGAAAGCAGAGGCUUAAAAGAAGCAAUGAAGGAGGCUACCCAGAAACAUUCUGAGGAGCUAAGGAAACAGGAGGAGCGGGUGAAGGGAAGGGACAGACAUAUAAACUCUCUGAAAAAGAAGUGCCAGAAAGAGACCGAUCAAAACAAAGAAAAACAACAGAGGAUUGAGACUUUGGAAAGAUAUUUGGCUGAUCUCCCCACUGUCCAAGACCACCAAAAACAGACCCAAGAGCUUAAUGGUCUUCAGGAGAAAAGUAGCCUCUUGCAGGAGCAAGUGAGUGAACUGGAAAAGAGGCUUAGAGAGAUCAGAACUGUAAACAGAGAAAAGGAGACCCAGCUGGCAGCAGAAAAGCACAGAGGACAGGAGUUGAUGAGUACUAUAGACAGUUUAAAGGAGGAAAUAGAGUGUUUCAAACAAACAGAAGCAGGAGAGAAAGAAAAACGUUUGACUCAGGAGUCAGAAGAACUCAGACAAGAAGUGCUGUCUCUACGUAAGGAGCAGGAAUGUCUAAGGAAGGUGAUAGAAAGCCAAAAGAAAAAGAUAGAACAAAUGUGCAGUAAAGUGAAGUUCCUGGAAGACCAGGUGGCACAAGAAGAAGGUACUGGCGAUGCCCUUAAGGAAGAAGCACAGAGGAAAGAAACUGCUCUACAGCAAUUAGGGGUAGCUGUGAAAGAGCUUGCAGUGCAGAAUCAAGACUUGAUGGAGCAAAAUGUGACUCUACAGGAGAGAUUGCGCCAGACAAGGGUUGCUGCAGAACCAGCUGAAUUAGAAGCUGGGACAAUCGUCACCCUCUAUAGUGAGCUGAAUCUCUGCCUGAAGGAGCUGAAAUCCAUAUGUACUCUUCUUAGUCAAAGAAUGGAGGGAAGAGACCCCAACCUGUCACUACUCCUGGGGAUACAUUCUGCUCCACAUUUCGAGGAUCAGGGUGGGACAAGUGAUUCAUUGUGUUUGGAUAAACAUUUGGAUGCAGUGAGGCAUCUGAAGAGAGAAAUUGACGACUUGAGAACCAUCAUAAGUGACCAUUAUGCACAGGAUAUGGGUGAUAAUUGUAUCACACAGUAAUUGGACAGUUUUAUAACAUUUGGCACAGACUCUCUGCAAGUACUGGAAAUCCAUCCUGCUAUGACACGUGCAUACAAAAUAUGUGGUGGUUAAGAGUAAUGUGCCUUAUGUAUGAACAAAACAAGGUAUGAGCUGCACAUCAAUGUGCAAGAUUCUAUGGUCCUAUUUAAGUAAAGGGACAUUUCUAACCCUCUGCACACAGAACAGGAAAAAUGUGCUUGUGUGAGUAAAACCAUUGUUUUUCACUGGACUGUAUGUUUAAAAACAGAACCCAGUAUGUGAGCCAUCUCAGAUGAAACAAUUGUAUUGCAGUACUUGCUGCAAGAAACCCUUGGGCUUACAGUGCAUUGCUAAACUUAUAAUGUUGCUUUGGCAACUACUGCUCAUUUAGUGCCUUUGUAAUAAUAAGUGCAGAUAACUUAUCGCCUGAUGGCACUGAGCUAGGUUUUAAUACUGGAUAAAAGACUCUUUAUACUGUUUUUGCCAUUACAUGUCUCUGAGUGAUGACAUGCAGUAAUGUUUGCAAGCCAUGUAUUGGCUUUUUAUUGGUUAUUUAUGUUUUUGAAUGCUUUGUGUUUUACCCUUCAAAUAAUAAACUAAUGCAAAUAUUUUAA